AUGCCAACAAGCGCUAACAAAGUCGAAACAGCAUGGUCUGCUUUGUUGGCUGGCGCCGCGGAGACACGGCAAGAACAUUUGGCUCCUUCUCCUCUGUUCAUACUCCGCCAAACACUAUUCUGCGUUCUUGCUGCCUAUCUGUUUUGUGGAGCGGGAAUGGUUUGGAAUGACUGGAUUGACCGCGACAUAGAUGCCAACGUUGCGAGAACCAAGAAUCGCCCCCUGGCAUCUGGCAAGGUGACAACAGCCCAAGCUUUUGUGUGGAUGGCUCUACAGGUUAUUGCAUCGUGUGCUGUUCUCCACGUUAUGCUGGACGGUAAAGACGUGUAG